AUGCAGGAGGGGGCGCCGUCGGCACACGCUUCGAUCUGGAAAUCGCCGUCGUUCCUCUUGCACCAGGGACUUGCUGUCAUUGCCUCGUCCAUUAUCUUGCUUGUUGUGGUCGCGAUUGGGCUUGCCGUGCGCAUGUCGGGCAUGAUUCCUCGCUGGCUCGCACGCAAGCCCCCGCGCGAGCUCAAUUGGGAGGAUCCGCGCAAGUGGCAAUCGGAAAAACUCGUCAAGAGCCCGCAAUACUACGCACGCAACUGCGGCUUUGAUAUCAUCGAUGAACAGGUGGAAACGCAGGACGGGUACUAUCUGCGGAUGCAUCGCAUCAUCUGCAAAGAUACGCAGCGCGCAAGCGAGGGGCCGGGCAAGGGAUUCCCGAUCCUCAUCAUGCACGGCCUCUUUCAGUCCUCCGGCUCGUUUAUUACCUCGGAGGAUCGCAGCAUGGCUUUUUGGUUCGCCGCACAGGGGUACCAAGUUUACCUUGGCAACAAUCGCGCCGCCUAUGAUAUGGGACACCGCCUCUACUCCCGGUACUCGCCGGAAUUCUGGGACUAUAAUAUCCGCGACUUGGCCUUGUACGAUCUACCGGCCAUGGUUGAUUAUGUCCGCCGCAACACGGGCUACACAAAAAUCGCGUACAUUGGCCACUCGCAGGGGAAUGCAACGGCGUUCCUGGCCCUGUCGCGCUGGUUUGUGCCAGAGCUCGGCAGCAAACUGUCCUACUUUGCUGCGCUCGCGCCGGCCGUGUUUGCGGGGCCGCUCACCAAGCGGUUCCCUUUGACGUACAUGUCGCGCCUCGACUGGCGGACAUGGCGCCGCCUGUUUGGUGUCUUGGACUUUACUCCGCUCAUGAAAUUCUCGUACGACUGGACGCCUGCUGUACCGUACGCUGCACUGGGAUACCAAAUGUUUGCCUACCUGUUUGAGUGGAACGAUACAAACUGGUUGCCUCGGCGCAAGGCAAAAAUGUUCCGAUUUACCCCUCAGCCCGUGUCGUCUGCGACCAUGUUCUGGUGGGCAGGCGAAGGUGGCUUUGCGACGCGUGGGGCGUUGUUCGAUCCGGAUACACAGUGGUACGAAUCCCACUUCCCACCCCUCUCGCUGUACGGUGGGGGCCAGGAUCGUCUUGUUUUGACGCAGCCUUUGCAAGAACAUCUGGACGAACAUGAGCCGGAUGUGCACGUUUUGCGUGUGGUGAUUCAGCCGGAAGCCGAGGUACGUUGGCUAGACUAA